AUCUUCACAUAGGCCAACAAGUAUAUUGCAAUGAUUAAGUAACUGCCCAGUGCUUAUAGUUUUCUGGUUAUCUACCAGUUUCAUAUCAAUUCGUUUGUACUUAAUUAUUGUUUUGUCAAGCACAUAAAAGUGUACAUUUGAUUUAAUUUUUCAUUAUGCCUGAUGAAUUUAAAGUUGUAGAAAUACUGAAGUCAUCGAAAAGAAAAUCAUAGAGGAUGUCAUAGUGCGUAGACUAGGCUUGUAGUAUCUCCUGGACCUAAUGUUGCAAGUAUGAUGGCUUGAUAUCAUUGGGACCUGGAGUUAAAUUGAAUUACCUUUGGCAUCGACUAGGUUUGCCUGUUUCUGUUGUGCAGGUUUUGUUGGGUCCGGGUGGUAUGAUUUUUGUUGCUUGACUUUUAUUCUAUGGACAAUUUGGAAGGACAUGUCUUCAUAUGCAGGUGAGGAUUGUGUGGCAUCCACCUAACAUGAGUCUCUUUCACUCUCUCUCUCUCUCUCUGAGAAAUUCUCGUCUGAGUCCCCUUUUCAGUCACGUUUGAGUUGAUAAAUACAGGUGCUCAAGAGGUUAUGUAGCCUUCUCUUCAUUUUCAGAAUAAAGCAGGUUAUGCAGUCUUCAUUUUAUGGCAUUUGGCAGUUAUUUAGAGGGGAUUUGUUUAGUUAGAUGUUGAUGACUAGUUUUAGCUUAGUCAUAGCCUUUGCUAUAUACAUUCUGAACUCCAAAUGGCGAUGCAGGCACUCUUUUGAUUUAUCAGGUGAUUGAAGAAGCUACCUAAUUUGAUUGUGUGAUCCCAUCUUCUGGACUUUUAUGGUGCCCUGCUUCCUUGGAGUGUUUUCCGAUGGUCUGGUUCCUGGGAUAUCACUCGUACUUGAUCUUUAUUAUAGUAGGACUUGCCGAUUUCUUCUGAUCAGUAUAGAUCUCCACAACUCGACUUAACUUUUCCACAGGGUUCUAGUUGUACAUUACUACUGUCUGCUAUUCGAAGGAAAGCCUAUUACAAUGAGUAUGAGGGUUUUGCUGACUAGCUCUGUCCUUCAGAUCUGCGUGCGCUCCUAUGGAUGUUCCAUUUGUUGUGGCGACACUCUCUUGUAGUGUUGAGGACUGGGAGUUAGUGAGCCUCUAACAAGAAGUGGAAUAAUGCUUCCCGGUGUGCUCCCUGUUAGAGGGCCUUGUGAGAUCCAAUUGGUUUUCAAUGGGCAAUUGGGUUUUGCAUCAGUGUGAUCAAUAAUUCAAAGUCAAGGGGCCUGACAUUGUGAGCUGAAAUAGUUAUCACCCUCUAUGGAGAUGCAUAUGGUCUUGGUUAUAGGAUAUAUCCAAUUGUCUAGCUAUGACUUCUCAGAACAUGGGGUCUAAUGGUUCAUCAGAUUUUGGCUAAACUAAUCUUGCAGGGGCGUUUUCUCUUAGCUUGACGAUGGUUGUAUCCAGCAAGUCCAGUUGACCAUGUUCACAAGGCUCCGCCUUUCUAGGAGUUUCUCAGUCUGUUUGUAUUAGUAAACACACCUGCUUGAAGAAAAGAUAGUGAUUACCCUGGCUCUGCUGGUGGGCUUUUGAUGGUUGUUUUGUCAAUAUUGGAGAGACACGUAUUUAAUACUAUGUGCUCCUCGUGGAGAAUAGAUGUACCAAUCUUACAGGGAAUGAAAAUUUAUGGGGCAUAGGCAUUUAUUGGGUGCAUCUCAGACAUUUGAGGGUAACCAUGCUCAAAGCUGGAAUAACGUGAAUAUGGAGCAACCAAGUAUGCAAUUAGCCAGGGGAAGUUCUGUAGAGAAUGGUACUUACUUUUAUCCUGUGGAGAAUGUGGCGGUGAAUGGAGUGCAUUAUGCUUCUCAUUGGACUGCACCAAGGCCAAGUGAAUAUGUUCCUCUUGGUCACAAUGAUGUGUUGCCACAUUGUCAACCCAAUGUUGUUGGGCUAUCUCAGGAUUCUUUUGUGCAUGCACCAAACAUUGGGACAUUCAGGGCAUCGACAGAAAAUUAUGCAUGUCAUGGAUCGUCGUCGUCAUCGGCGUCUAAUUACAAUGGGCAUGCGCCAUAUGAUGUUGAUGGUGGAUUUAUUGAUCUCAUGGCUGAUGGUGGAAGAGGUCACCUUAAGAGAAAAAGCCCUGUAAUACCAUCAUUGUGUGAGAGAGGCAGUAGUAGCAGAUACUACUAUCCAGGAAGUGGAAGUUCCUCUGCUCCUCCUGUUUCUUCUGAAUUACGGUUGGAUGAACCAGACAUUGACUCACUUCAAACGCCUUGGGAUCAUCUCUCUGCUAAUGGAGAUUACACCUGCAAUGGGCCCAACAGCCUUUCAGUCAGGGGUGAGGGUCCUUUAAGGAAUGUGAGAAGUCGUUAUGGGGUUGAAUUAGAUACCAGUGUAUCCAGGACACAUGUGCCAACCAAUCCGCACAAUUUUAUUUAUACAAGCAACCCGGUUGAGCAUUCUCGUGUGGUAGAUCUUCAAGGCCAGUCUAAUGGUCUAACACGUGACUGGAGCCAUACCACUGUUCCUCCUGCUUAUGGGAGGAUGUUAAUUUCAGGUGGAUAUAGAGAUGGGCCGAACCAGUCUUUCAGUGGAAGCAGUACUGUUGGUUCUCCCAUAGAGACCGGUGGAUCUGAUUUUAUUUCUAGGAGGAAUCCUAUCAUCCGUCAAGGUCAUCUCGGAUCCUCAAGCCAGCCACUGAGAAGUGUUCGUAGCAUCUCUUCUCAAAGAUCUAGCCGAGAUCCCCGGCCUUCUUCAAGCAGCUUACGAUCUUUACAAGUGGGACCCUCAGAAGAGAGACUGCCAUCAGGUGCAGAUGGUUACUCAAGACAUCCAAGACCACCUUCUGCUACAGGAUGGCGUAACAAUGAUGGGGCUCGGAGAUCAAGGGUAUCUACUGAAAGAUUUCGGUCAUUUCCUGAUGACGGAAGUGGCCGUGAUCAAUUAGAGUACGAGGGAUUCAUGAUUGCGGAUCGCUCAGGCUUUUAUGCUUCAAGAAGUGUGUUUGAUGAGCACCGAGACUUGAGGCUAGACAUAGAUAACAUGAGCUAUGAGGAGCUGCUGGCAUUGGGGGAAAGGAUUGGUAAUGUCAACACAGGCUUGUCUGAGGAUGCAAUAGCAAAAUGUUUGACAGAAACUGUACAAUAUUCAUCAGAGAAGUUUCAGGACCAAAGUAGAUGUGUUAUCUGCCUGGAGGAGUACCAAAACAUGGACGAUGUUGGGGCACUGAAAAUUUGUGGCCAUGAUUACCAUGCGGGCUGCAUAAGAAAGUGGCUAUCGAUGAAGAACUCAUGUCCAAUUUGCAAAGCUCCGGGGCUGGACGAGGGCAUGAAGCCAACCUAAGUUUAUUCUUCUCUGUCUUUGCUCUCGUCAUGUACAUAUUCGA